AUGGUUUUUGGGCGGCAUACCUGGGCGGAUGACUUUUUCUACAAACACAGCCCGAGCAAUCUAGAUACCCGGCGCAACGGCAACGCAACGCAACGGCAACGCAACGUCUACACCAACACCAACAUGGCUCCUACUGACUCUUUCAAGCGCGAGAGCGGCACUGCCCGCAUCCUCGGCUCUGGCACUUCGGGCAUUGCCGAGCUGAUCGUCUUCCACCCGGUCGACACGGUCGCCAAGCGUCUCAUGUCGAACCGCUCGCACCUCUCGCUCGCCAACCUCAACCAGGUCAUCUUCCGUAACGCUGUCAACGCCAGCAUUGGCGGCAAGUUUGUCUCCCUCUUCCCCGGUCUCGGCUACGCUGCUGGUUACAAGGUCGCCCAGCGUGUGUACAAGUUUGGCGGACAGCCGUACUUCCGUGACGUUAUCGACAGCAACGCUGGUGACUGGUUCCGCAGCACGUUUGGCAAGAAGAACGGCGGCAUGCUCAUGCACGCUACUGCUGGCUCGCUUACUGGUAUCGGUGAGGUCGUGCUCCUUCCCCUCGAUGUCCUCAAGAUCAAGAUGCAGACCAACCCCGACGCGCUCAAGGGCCGUGGCAUCGUCAAGCUCAUCACUGAGGAGGGACUCGGCUCGCUCUACCGUGGCUGGGGCUGGACCAUGGCCCGUAACGCUCCCGGCUCGUUCGCUCUCUUCGGUGGCUCUGCCCUCACCAAGGAGUACGUCUUCAAGCUCGACGACUACUCCAAGGCCACCUGGGGCCAGAACUUCGUCGCGUCGGUCACCGGUGCCGUCGCCUCGAUCACCGUUGCCGCGCCCCUCGACGUUGUCAAGACCCGUAUCCAGAACGCCAACUUCAACACCAACGUCUCGGGCUUCGCCGUCAUCAAGGAGAUGAUCAAGACGGAGGGUCCUUCGUCGUUCUUCAAGGGUCUCACUCCCAAGAUCCUCGUCGUUGGCCCCAAGCUCGUGUUCUCGUACACGCUUGCCCAGUCGCUCAUUCCGUUCUUUGGCAAGUACGUCUAA